AUGUCGAGUCCAUUGGACUACUUGAACGUACUUAACUUUAAUACAAAGCGCUUCCAAAAAUUCUCACAGAUCGUCGAACAGUUCCCUGCAACCGAUACACCUGAUGUCAAGGUCUGUGUUUGCCGUUGUUGGCAAAGUAAAAAGUUCCCCUACUGCGACGGAACACAUAAAAUCUUAAUGGAGAAUGGAGAUAAUGUGGGCCCUUAUGUGGCCAUUUUAAAAUCGCCAAAAACAGCAAAGAACAACGUAAUAAGAAUAAAGCAGCUGAAUCCUAACACUAAUAAGAAUUUUGUUCAAGCCCCUGCUAAGUCUUCCAAGGUGAUUGUGUUAGGCACUCUAGCUCUGGCACCAGUGAUAUACUUUAUUCACAAUAAACUAGAAAAUAGACUAAAUGAUAUCAAAUCGACUCUAAAUAAGUCCAUUUUUAAGGACAAACAAAUAAUAUGA